UCUGUUAUAUGUAAUUCUUCAAUGUUAGUGAGAACAUCUUCAGAUUAGCAAGUGAAAUAAAGUGUGUCUUGAUCGUAUAUUUUAAGAUUAGCCUAAUAUGGCAAUAAAAAGGAUAAGCAUCAUUAUUUUAUCCAUUUUAUUUACACAAUCAUUGUCUCUGCCUAAUGGUUGCAUAGAAAGUUGUACUACUUAUCGACAAGUUAGUUCUUAUAGAACUCAUCAAGAAUCUGGUAAUCGUAAUGAUCAUACAGAUUCAAAUAUAAGAAAUGUAAAUCAUUUGAAUCUUAAUUAUGACAGACCUGGUAAUUGGACUGAACAAAAUGAAUAUAAAGUAGAUAAUGGCCAUGGUAAAGUUUAUGAAGAACAAGGACAAUAUGUUGAAGGUCCAAAACGUGUAAGAUAUUUUAAGAAAAAUUAUACUUCUUCGUAUAGUAAUAUUUAUCCAAGUAAUUCAGAUUUAUUACAGUCAGAAAGAUUAAUCAAUCAAAACAGAAACAAUGCUUUGGAUACUACUAAUAGUCAAAGAAUAUAUGAAGAAUCAAGAAAUUCAGAAUCAUACAGACAAGAACAUAAUUAUAAUAAAUUACAUAAUGACCAGUUACAACAAACGUACAGAGAACGAGGAAGUAAUAUUGAAAGACUUGAAAAUUUAGGAAAAUUAAGUGAUAGAUUACAAAUAAGUCAACAUGGAACAUCCGUUGGUGAUUCAGAGUUGUUACAAGGUCAAAAUCAACAUAUUGGAAUAAGAAAUGAUAAUUGGACUCGAGUAAACACAUAUAAAACUGAUGAUGGAAAUGGUCGUGUAUCAGAAGAAGAGGGACAAUAUGUUAUCGGUCCAAAAACAACUCGUUAUUAUCAUCAAAAUUAUACUUCUCAAUAUAGUACAAGUUUCAAUCCUAUACAUAAGAUUACUCCAAAUAUAAAUGAUGAUUUACAUAGUACUAUAGAAAAAGUAAAUCAAGAAUUCGAAAAUAUGGAAAGAAAAAUUCAUCAAUCAUCUCGUUUAAAACAAGUGACAUCGAGUAACACUUUGCAUACAGAUACUAUGAAUACAGUUCAAGAUAAUGUUAAUCCUACUUUUAGAAAUAUUGAUCUACAAGUUGCUGAGAGUGCUGAUUAUAGACAUAGAGAUCAAAAUGAGCAUGUUCCUACUAAUGGAAAUAUAUAUAAUGUACAUCAAAAUCAAUUGUCAAAUAGACAAAUUUAUACAGGUGAUGAUACAUUAUAUAGAAAUGAAAACAAUGUAUAUAAUAGAAAUAGACCAACUGUUCAACAUCAAAGAGAAGAAGCAUAUAUUUCUCAAUCACAUAUAAAUGUUUUACCCAGUAAUAUUCCAACUUUAAAUAGUGAAAAUAACAAUUAUCAAAGAUAUAGAGAAAAUGAACAGAUUGGAUUACAACGGAAUAUAAAUGAAAAUUAUCAAAGAGAAUAUUUAGAUACUCAUCAAUCACAAAUAACCCAGAAUUAUCGAUCUAGAGACAAUUUACAACACAGAACGUUAAAUGAAAAUAUGGAAAAUUAUCCACAUAUAAGAGAUGGAAUAUUACAGCAUCAAAAUUGGGAUGUUAUAGGACAAAGAAGAGAAAUUGUUAAUCCAAAUGAAAGAAACCAAUAUUAUUCACAUCAAAAAAUUAGUACAUAUAACAAGGAAAUUGGUCAUACAUUAGAUAAUAAUUAUAAUCCAGGUUAUACUGGAAAUUUACAACAGAUUUCUAGCACGCAAGGCCAUAAUCAUGGAAUGCAAGAUUGUGCUCAAAUAGAGCAAAGAUAUAUGAGGAAAUAUAAGCGUAAUGCUGGUAAUGAUGGUUUUAGCAAAAUUCGGAACAGACAGAAUUAUGAAAAAUUUCGUAAAGAUUUAAAAGAUUAUGAUAAAGAGAAACUGCCAAAUAGUGAUCAUGAAAUUAAAUCACUAAGACUACCUAAUAAAGAUUUAAAGAAAAACACUAAAGACAUGAUAGAACAAACACAAAACAACAAAAGGAAGAAAAGACACAUCCUAAAUUUAGAAGACAUAAUAGCACAAAACUUUGAUGAUUUGACCCAACAAACUACUGGACAUAUAGGAUUUGAUCAAUUAAGUCAGAAACCAAAAAGUCAUAACCAGUACUAUGAAGAUUUGACUCAACAGAUUAAUGAUCUAGCACAACAGUUAGGUGUAUUUGAUGAUUUAACGCAACAAACAUCUGGACACAUAGAAUUUGGUCAAAAAAAUCAGAAACCAAAUACUGAUGACAAGUACUCUGAAUAUUACGCUGAACAGAUUGAAGAUCUACUGAAAGAGUUAGGCUUAUCUGAUUUAUUAAAGCAACAAACUUCUGGACAUAUAGAAUUUAGUCAACAUAAUCAGAAACAAAAUAGUCAAAGAUUGAACCAUGAAGAAUUGACGAAAGAGAUUAAAUAUCUCAUAAAACAGAUAGAAGGAUUUGAUGAUUCAACGCAGCAGACUUUUAGACAUGUAGAAUUUGGUCAACAAAAUCAAAAACCAGCUAGUCGCAACCAGCGCUUUAAAGACUUGACUCAGCAGACUGAUGAUUUGACUCAACAAACUGCAGGACACAUAGAAUUUGGUCAGCAAAAUCACAAACCAGGUAGUCAUAAGCAGCGCUUUGAAGAUUUGACCCAACAAACAUCUGGACAAAUAGAAUUUGGUCAACAGAAUCAGAAACCAGGUAGUCAUAACCAGCGAUUUGAAGAUCUAACCCAACAGUCUGACGAUUUAACGCAGCAAACUUCUGGGCAUUUAGAAUUUGGUCAGCAAAAUCAGAAACCAGGUAGUCAUAACCAACGAUUUGAAGAUUUGACUCAGCAGUCUGACGAUUUAACGCAGCAAACUUCUGGGCAUUUAGAAUUUGGUCAACACAGUCAAAAACCA